UUAUUUGACUUUGACAGGAGCCAAAACCAGUUUCUAGAAUCUGUGGCUCAAAAUUUACCUAUUGAAAUACAGAAGUAGGCGUGGUGUAUUUUUCUAUUUUUUUGCCGAAAUACAAUAAUGUCGGCGACAUUAAAACCUUAUUUAACUGCUGUGCGUCAUACGCUCACUGCAGCGAUGUGCUUAGAACAUUUCUCGUCACAAGUGGUGGAGAGAUAUAACAAACCAGAGGUCGAGGUUAGAACCAGCAAAGAAUUAUUACUCAACCCGGUGGUGAUUUCACGAAAUGCCAACGAGAAGGUGCUGAUAGAGUCAUCUAUUAACUCUAUACGAGUUAGUAUCAUGAUCAAACAAGCAGACGAAAUAGAGAAAAUUUUGUGUAAGAAAUUCAUGCGUUUCAUGAUGAUGCGAGCGGAGAACUUUAUCGUAUUACGACGGAAGCCAGUAGACGGAUAUGACAUUAGUUUUCUGAUAACAAAUUUCCACACUGAAGCUAUGUACAAGCAUAAAUUAGUUGACUUUGUCAUUCACUUUAUGGAAGAGAUAGACAAAGAAAUCAGUGAAAUGAAAUUGGCCGUAAACGCACGGGCCCGUGUAUGUGCUGAAGAAUUUUUGAAGAGAUUCUAAAAGUUUUUCGAACUGUUUUUAUUAACUUAUGAUUAAGACUCAAAUUUAAUAAACUUACACUUUACCUCAGGUUCUUAUAAGAAUAACUUGUCACCACCCACAGAUCUCCCUGUUUUAUUUCCAUUGUAUUCUUUAAAGAAUUUAUUAUAUAAAUUUGUUCAUUUAUUGCUACUUUUCAAUAAUAUUAUGUUACUAAAGAUAUAUCUAUAUACUUAGUAAUUUUAGGACUAAUAUCAAAAAACUGAUAGAUUUUCUAUGGACAGUAUUUUUUCUUUUAAGUGUAUGGAAAUAUAAAAAUAAGUUUGUAAAAAUCAAUGUGCAUUAGCUGAUGAUAGGAGUAUGUAAUUAGUGUAAAUUGGCAACACAUAGUGCCAUGGAUAGUACAGUAUAUACUGUGAUAUCCAAGGUGCUACUUAAGUGAAAGCACUUUUCAUUAUGUGGACUAUCAACUUGUGUCAUUUCUAGUAGUAUAUCUACUAGAAGUAUUUAGUUAAUAACUGUAAAUUGUAUUAUUAUUCCAGUUAGGAUAAGAUGCAGUAAUUCUAGAGUUUCUUCAUUUAUUAGGUUUAAAGGCUUCAUAUAAAACAUUCUAUUAUUUUGACUUGUAAUUGUAUAUAAAUUAAGGUCAUCAAUAGAAUAGAAAUAUUAAAAUAUAAUAGCUUAUCAAACAUUCAAUAUUAUUGCAUUAUAUGAAUAUUUCUUUAAGUGUGCAAUUAAUAAAUUGCCGAGUGUCUGAUUAUUAUGUUCUAAUUAUUGUUUAUUAAAUAAAUUAUAUUUUUUUAAUAUUUGUUUAUAAUUUAA